UGAUAAUCCCUUGAUGUUCAAUUUGUUUUUCUGGUUGGGUUUUUACCUUUCAAACAUAGAUUGUAAUGAAUUUCUCUAAUUCGAAACUGCUUCCAAGAUUAUUCAAGUCAUUCAGCGCUCAAAAAAUCUCGUCGUCAUUGCUGUCUACUACAGUAAGACCCACACGCUUAGGCUUUAACAACGCAGCAACCGCAAGGGUGCCUGUCCAUCGCUUUGUUCACUCUUCACCUAAAGAAUACAAUGGGGUACAAUCAGCAGCUUACCAUUUCAAAAGACAGCGCCAUAUGCCAUACUUUUUAGAAUAUCUUAUGUGGGUUGUAUUCGGAUCAGAGGCACUUCAUCUUAUCUGGCUUAAAAUUGAUAUCAGAGAAUACAAGGAAAAAAUGCAGCAUAAAACUAAAUUAUUGGAGGAAAUCAUAAAGCGUGUCGAAAAUGGUGAAGUGAUCGAUGAUAGUUUAAGGGAGGAAAUUAAGAUGGUGUUGAUGAACAAUAAGCAUACUGGAGAAUACCAUGAUGAUAUCGAUGAUGAAUAUUUGAACAGCUUAAUUGCAUCAUCCGAACAAGCAGCAAAAGAAGCUCCCGAAAAAAUCAAGAAACCUGUCACUGAAUCAAAGUGGGUUGAGAUCAAGGAAGAAGCUGGAAACGAUCAAGAUAAAAAGAAGAAGCAGCCCUUCUUCUUGUAAGAGAAACUCAUGUACUAUCUGUAAAUAAAUUUAAUUGUAAUAGACGACGUGUGUUCAUUCAUACUCAAAGCAGGGAAAUGUGUUCUUUUGAAAUAUACAAGAGAAUGUCUACACCCACGUCUUUU